AUGGGGAAAUGGAACUCCCUUUUCGGAAAGAGGCAGUUGCAAUCGACGCCUCACGUGGAGCCAGAUUCAAGUGGUAAGACCCAGGCAUCCACCAAACACACGCCCGGCAAAGACAAGUCUCAAGAAAAUAAGGCUGUCACGUCGCCACCCGGACCAACACCGAGACGACCAGCGGAACGGUCGCGAGCGAACCAAGCGGUCUCAACAACGCGUACCCCACCGUCGUUGUACGCCUAUACACCACUACCGUCACCACCCAACGACGAAUACCUAGCUCCGACAGGCCACGACGACGAGAAUGUACCACUUGGACGCCUCCGGGCCCUUUGUCCACACGGACCUUACCAAGAACAACCUGCACAGAAAGUUAUCACCACAUUACUCACCAAAUAUGCCACGGCCACCAAGGCCACCAAGGCGACGUGGAAAGCAAGAACGGCAAGUACUCACCACGCAAAGAAGAGACCAACAAGAUUCUUGGGCAACAUCGCCGUAGUAUCACGUCACAAUGACAUCGAUGUGCUCGCCGCGCGUGGCCUGUACAAUGCCGCUUGCAGCCCGCUCGUCCGUCUACCAGACGAUGUGAUUGCACGCAUCAUGGGCUACCUGGACUGGGACGAUCUGUACUUUCUCCGCCACACGAGCCGCGUGUUCAUGCGCCUUUUCAGCUGUCGAGAUGAGUUUGCCUCGCUGCGCGACGUCAACGCCAUCAGCAACAAUACCAGCCUCUAUGUCUUGCCUACGCCUUGGACCCUGCCGGCCUUUCCGACUGACGACUUCGGCGCAUGGUCAACGUUGCGCCAACGCGGCCACCUCGCCGAAGACAUGUGUGGAGGCUGCAAGGCCUACGGGCAGUUUCGUUACUACGACAUGUUCAUGCACUGCACAGCGUGCGAAGCCGACCACCCGAUGAGCCUUUUUUCGGGAAAGAUGAUCCGACGUGAUGACAAGGCGAUUAUGGAGAACCGAGUGUGCCAAGCACACGAAGGACACGUACGGCUGUGUCAGCACAAGACAGUUGACUGGGACACGGUCAUCAAGAGUUUACCGAAUGGCCGCCUCGACAACAAUUUCCGGGAUGAUUGCUGGGCCAACCAGCUGUCGAGUGCAGAGGUUGACAACACCGCCUUCUCAGUCGACGCUCAUCUUCGAAUUGUGUGCGACCAUCCAAGUCACGCAAAGCAUCCCCACCAUACGGGCGAGGCCGACGACCGUGUCCAGGGUCAGGGCGAGGCGGACCACACACAGCUUCCUUCAUACGAACGCUUCACGACCAAGGACCACGGCGAAAGCCCGUCGUUUGUAGUGCACGACAUGAUGGUGGACGGUGUACGGCACAAAGUGAUUACAUGGUCAUAUACUGCCCACCUGAAUCUCGCCGACGCCGACGACAGUAGGCAUAACGGAGCUAUUACGGCACAGGCCUUCCGGGAUCGUGUUCACGAGCUGCACAAGGGGCAUAGCCCCGCCCGGUACAUUGCACCUCCGGACUACCCGGGCAUCCUGCCCGAGCUACGCUGCGUGGACCCAGAGCGCUGUGGCUGA